AUGGUGGGCUCUUGGGAGGACGAGGAGGGCGUGGCGUUGCGCGUCGAAGCGGAGGGCGGCGAGCGCGUGGAGGGGGGCGGGCCCGAGGUGCUGCUCCAGGUGUUCGCGCGAACGGAGUCUAGCCGCCGACAGGUGCUCCCGGUGUUCGACGAGGACACUUGCUCACGCAUGCUUCUCAUGGAGUUGGAUGGGGAAAGGAACGUCUGGAAGCUGGACGGGAAAGCGUGUAAGCAGGACGUGCUCGUCUGGAGGUUGCUCGGCGAGGACCGGGCUGAGACAUGGCGCCGUCUGCAGGAUGUCUAG